GCGGCGGCGGCGGCGGCGGUGGUAGCGGCGGCAGCUGUGAGGGGGUUCCGGGAAGAUGGUGCUGAUUAAGGAAUUCCGUGUGGUUUUGCCAUGUUCUGUUCAGGAGUAUCAGGUUGGGCAGCUUUACUCUGUUGCAGAAGCUAGUAAGAAUGAAACUGGUGGUGGAGAAGGAAUUGAAGUCUUAAAAAAUGAACCUUAUGAGAAGGAUGGAGAAAAGGGACAAUAUACACACAAAAUCUAUCACCUAAAGAGCAAAGUUCCUGCAUUCGUCAGGAUGAUUGCUCCAGAGGGCUCCUUGGUGUUUCACGAGAAAGCCUGGAAUGCAUACCCCUACUGUAGAACAAUUGUAACGAAUGAAUAUAUGAAAGAUGAUUUCUUCAUUAAAAUUGAAACAUGGCACAAACCAGACUUGGGAACAUUAGAAAAUGUACAUGGUUUAGAUCCAAACACGUGGAAAACUGUUGAAAUUGUCCACAUAGAUAUUGCAGAUCGAAGCCAAGUUGAACCAGCAGACUACAAAGCUGAUGAAGACCCAGCAUUAUUCCAGUCAGUCAAGACCAAGAGAGGCCCUUUGGGACCCAACUGGAAGAAGGAGCUGGCCAACAACCCUGACUGUCCUCAGAUGUGUGCCUAUAAGCUGGUGACCAUCAAAUUCAAGUGGUGGGGACUGCAAAGCAAAGUAGAAAACUUCAUUCAGAAGCAAGAAAAAAGGAUAUUUACAAACUUUCAUCGCCAACUUUUUUGUUGGAUUGACAAAUGGAUCGAUCUGACAAUGGAAGACAUUAGGAGAAUGGAGGAUGAAACUCAGAAAGAACUAGAGACAAUGCGUAAGAAGGGUUCCGUCCGAGGCACGUCGGCUGCUGAUGUCUAGAUGAGUCCCCUGUAGGGUCAGAGACAAUAUCAAACUGUUUACGUAAUCAAGGUCAAGUGAGGGGAACAAGUGCAGCCAGUGAUGAGUGAAGAAGAAUCUGACCAGUGUCUUGCAGUGUUGACGUUUCCCAGACGUGUGCUUGUGAUGAUGUACUCACACGCACAGGUUCCCAACCACGUGUGUAUAUAUGUUUGUGUGUGUAUAUAUCUGUAGCUGUAUAUAAAACGCAUGUAGAGCUACAGAUCAGAAUACACACACUUGUGUAUAUAUGUACAUACAAACAUACUGAAAGGAUUAGUACAAUUUCUCCAAAGUACUGUACCUAUCUUCAGCAAGAAUGCAAAAAGAAAAUAUUUUCAAUAUAUAUACCUGGAACAGAUUUUAAUAAUUAUCAGAGUAAUACCAUUAUUGGACAAAUUGACUGCAAUGUAAUACUAGCUGGUAUGUUUCAUAAAUGUCAAAUUGUGGACCAAUAUAUAUAUAUAGCCUUUUAUUACUUUUCUUUUAAAUCAGUCUCUUACAGAUUUUUAUUUUAGUCCCAAAAACAGACUCCCACAGAAAAAUUUAUUCAAAAUCUUUUGGUAUUCCAAUGAAUCUGAAAUGUAAACUCUGAAUGUAUUUAUAACGAUUUAUUUCUGGAUGGUUAUUAUCUUAAAUUCAAAUUGGACACUGUCUAUUAGGAAAGAAUAUAGUUACUGGCCAAUUUUUACUUGUUUGCCCUGAGGGGGGAAAAAUCCUUAAAAAAAAAUUCUGAUUUUUAUUGGGAUUUUGUAUUUUAAAUUUCAAGUAUUUUUCUACAUCAAACCUAGCAAAAAAAAAAGGAGAUGACAGUUUGUGAUUUAUAAUAAACACUAUACAAUUUUCAGGCUCCUGUUAGGCAAACAAAGAAAUUGAUGAAGAAAUUCAUAGCAUUGUAGGCUGUAGGAAAACUUGGAAGUAGAGCACUUCCAUGGAGUCUUGUUUCUGAAAUGACUGUUUUCUGAAAUUAGAGCUUGGAAACUAUGCAAAUGAUCUAGAUUCCUCACAGCUUACACGCUAGAAUACAGAUGAUAGUGAUGACUUUUUUUUCUUUCUUUCUUUCUUUCUUUCUUUCUUUCUUUCUUUCUUUCUUUUUUUUUUUUUUUUUUUUUUUUUUUUUUUUUUUGCUCUUUUCAUAUUAAAAUACAGCCUGUGGGGGAGGCACUGCCUUUUUGAGAUAGCAGGGAGGAAUUAAAGCUGCAGCAUCCAGCGCUGGCUGGUCUGCUUGCCUAGGAGGCCACACUGAGGAGCCAGUGCUGUGCCACCCACUGGUAGGUGCUCUCUAGUAGGAUGCCAUUGGAACCUGUCAUGAGUAAGUGUCAUGAACAUGCUGGUUAGCAGCCGCUGCCACCUCGUCUCUCUUCUUCCUUCUUUAAGAAAGGAACCAUAGCUGAGUUAAGAUUUUUAUCAGCUUUCUCUGUCCGAAUCCAGUUUUUCUCCUGUCAGUCCUGGAAGCUUGGCCAGAGUGAUCUUGUUGAAGCCUUCCCGUCACAAACUGUCUUGUUGAACCCCUCGUCCCUCCUGCAACACGCCGGCCCCUGUAGUCCUAUCACAUUUGUAAUCUGAUUUGCUGACAGCCUUGCCCGCCCUGCUCCCCGUUUUCCCACACACCCCGUGGCUCCACCGAGGUGGUGGCAGUGAGUCAGACAAGGGUGUGUAGGAUCGCUGCCGCACCAUGAUGCCCUAUUAGCCUUGGCUCCGAACCCCACACUGCAUAUGUCCUCCGUGUACUCAGGAUCAAGACUGAUGUUUACUCUCUGGGCGCUGUUGUAAGAUAGGUGUUGUCAAAGCAUAAUCAUUGUCUGCAAAAUGUUUGGUGCAAGGAAGACUAUUGCUAAUUUUGUGAAAUAAAGAGCCUCGCCCUCUCCUUUAAUGGACUUAACUCUCACUGGCAUCUGUAGCAUCGUUGGGAGUGUGGGCGCCCAUGGAAAUCCAUGCCCAGUGCACGGGUUCUAAUGUUUUUCUAACAACUGUGGAGAUUUGAGGGAAUGCGUGGUGAAUGUAAAAUAUCUAGUUUACUUGGCAGUCUCUUGUGUAAAUUACAGUAAAACAAAGUAAAUGAAAUUGAAACAAAAAAUAAAUUUGAUCACAAAAUGCCA